AUGAUUGUAAAGGGUCUUUUUCUUGCGGCAUUGUCCGCUAUGAGUGCCCUGGUUCAGGGAUAUCCUGGCCAGGAACGCUCCUUGAGCGAGAGACAGUCAACUGAUCGACUUGUCUUUGCUCACUUCAUGAUUGGCAUCACCAGUGACCGCAGCAGCUCAGCCGACUAUGACGCCGACAUGCAACGAGCCAAAUCGUACGGCAUCGAUGCAUUCGCCCUCAACAUCGGUGUAGACCCCUACACCGACCAACAACUCGGCUUUGCCUAUGACUCCGCCGCAAGAAACGGCAUGAAAGUCUUUAUCUCCUUCGACUUCAACUGGUGGAAUACCGGCCAAGCCACCGCCAUCGGCCAGAAGAUUGCCCAAUACGCGGGUCUACCUGGUCAGCUCAAGGUCGAUGGCAAAGUCUUUGUUUCGUCUUUUGCCGGAGAUGGCGUCAAUAUCGGAGCUAUGCGUUCUGCGGCUGGCGUUGAGUUGUUCUUUGCACCCAAUUUCCAUCCUUCGUAUGGUACGGAUAUGUCCAAUGUUGAUGGAUUGUUGAAUUGGAUGGGAUGGCCAAGUAAUGGAAACAACAAGGCACCAACCUCUGGUGCAACUGUGAGUGUGGAACAAGGUGAUAAUGACUAUAUUUCGGCUCUUGCUGGAAAGGCCUAUAUUGCACCUGCCUCGCCCUGGUUUUCAACUCACUUUGGUCCCGAAGUCUCGUACAGCAAGAACUGGGUCUUCCCAUCUGAUCUUCUAUGGUACAAUCGCUGGCAAGAACUCCUGAAAUUGGGUCCUCGCUUCAUUGAAAUCGUCACCUGGAACGACUAUGGCGAAUCUCAUUAUAUCGGACCUCUUAGCUCUCCCCACACUGACGAUGGAGCUUCCAAAUGGGUCAAUGAUAUGCCACACGACGGCUGGCUAGAUAUGGCAAAACCCUUCAUCGCAGCCUUCAAAGCCGGUGCUACAACAGUCGACAACUACAUCACCAACGACGAGCUCGUCUACUGGUACAGACCUACCCUCAAGAACGUCAACUGUGAUGCUACAGAUACCUGCAUGAAUCCCUCAGCCAGUAAUUCCAGUGGAAACUACUUCCUUGGCCGCCCUAAUGGAUACGAGACCAUGCAAGACUCCGUCUUCGUGGUUUCGUUGCUCACUGCUCCUGCGCAGGUCACUGUGACUUCUGGAGGUAAUUCGCAGACCUUCCAGGCUUCAGCUGGUGCGAAUGCGUUCCAGGUUCCCAUGGGAUUGGGCUCACAGACCUUUUCCGUGACUCGAAAUGGUGCGACUGUCUUCCAGGGAACAAGUUUGAAGCAGAUCAUUAAUGGAUGUGUUUGUGGAUUGUAUAACUUCAACGCUUACGUUGGAACUCUCCCAGCUGGAUUCAGUGAUCCCCUAGGACCUGCUGGUCUUGCUUCGCUCGUACAAGGUCUACAUGUCGCCACCUGCGCUGCCACUCCAAGUCUAGGAACUGCACCUCCAGUGGUUACAGCCCCCCCGGUCCCAGCUACCACGACCACGACCAUCAUAACUACCAAGACCACCACAACUUCAACGAGCACCUCAACAUCAGGUACAUGCAUCGCUGGUACCGGACCAGGAAACUAUGUCGGCCUCUGCAGUUUCUGCUGCAACUUCGGCUACUGCCCCCCCGGACCAUGUACUUGUACCGCUUACGGUGCACCUGUACCCACGCCACCAGUCACAGGUACGGUUGGUUUGCCGUUGUACAAUGAGGACAAUUCGUAUUUGGGAUUGUGCAGUUUUGCUUGCAACCAUGGAUAUUGCCCAAAUACGGCUUGUAGGGUUGCUUAG